CCUUUGAAGCCAAUGUCUGGCUAUCUAUCGCUCAACCGCUCAUUGAAUGCAAUGUUUUUGUUGAUUGACUCGUAUUUGCAUUUCAUUUGGUGAUUGAAAUCACGAUUCAGUCCACAAAAGAGAGACAAAACUUUUUUCUUAUCUUUUAUUUUGUUUUUCUCGUAUAAAAAGUCUUUGCAUUCAAUCCACUCAUCACUGCAUUGAUCGGCGAUCGCAUCGAUAGCACCACAAGAAGUCACUAAUCAUUGCGUGUUUCCGAUGACCAACAAAAUGGACGACCAGAUCGUGGACCAGAUCUUCGGCAACGAAUUGAUUUUGUCGAAAGUGUUGUCGUGUCUGACGGUGAAGGAGUUGCUGUCGUCGGCGUGUCGUGUGAACCACUUCUGGCACAAU